AUGGGCAACAAUGCUGCCACCGCUAAUAAAAAGGUGGACGCCGCCGAAAGCGUCAAAGAAUUCCUCGACCAGGCCAAAGAGGACUUCGAGGAGAAAUGGAAGAAGAAUCCUACCAACACCGCCGGACUGAACGAUUUCGAACGGAUAAAAACCCUAGGUACUGGCUCGUUUGGACGAGUCAUGAUAGUUCAACAUAAACCUACUAAAGAAUAUUACGCUAUGAAAAUAUUAGAUAAACAGAAAGUGGUUAAAUUGAAACAGGUGGAGCACACUCUAAACGAGAAACGUAUCUUACAAGCCAUCAACUUUCCGUUUUUGGUGAGCCUUAAAUUCCAUUUCAAGGACAACUCUAACUUGUACAUGGUGUUGGAGUAUGUGCCUGGAGGGGAAAUGUUCUCGCAUUUGCGCAAGGUGGGUCGGUUCUCGGAGCCGCAUUCGCGAUUCUACGCAGCUCAAAUAGUCUUAGCAUUUGAGUACCUUCACUAUUUGGACCUUAUUUAUCGGGAUCUGAAACCUGAAAACUUGCUAAUUGAUUCUCAGGGUUACUUAAAAGUUACAGAUUUCGGAUUCGCUAAACGUGUGAAAGGCCGCACGUGGACUUUGUGCGGCACUCCUGAGUAUCUUGCACCUGAAAUCAUUCUAUCCAAGGGAUACAACAAAGCUGUGGAUUGGUGGGCGUUAGGAGUGCUCGUGUAUGAGAUGGCGGCUGGCUACCCGCCCUUUUUCGCUGAUCAACCCAUUCAGAUCUAUGAAAAAAUUGUGUCUGGCAAAGUACGAUUUCCAUCACAUUUUGGUUCAGAUCUGAAGGAUCUGCUUCGUAACCUACUUCAAGUAGAUUUGACCAAACGCUAUGGUAACUUGAAGGCUGGUGUCAAUGAUAUAAAAGGUCAUAAAUGGUUUGCCACCACCGACUGGAUUGCCGUCUUCCAGAAGAAGAUAGAGGCUCCAUUCAUACCUCGCUGCAAAGGACCCGGUGACACAAGCAAUUUUGAUGAUUAUGAAGAAGAAGCUCUUCGUAUUUCUUCCACUGAAAAGUGUGCAAAGGAAUUUGCAGAGUUCUGA